AUGCGCGCGGCGCUGCUGGGGCUGUGCAACUGGAGCACGCUGGCCGUGUGCGCGGCGCUCAAGCUGCCGCAGGUCUCGGCGCUGCUGGCGGCGCGCAGCGCGCGGGGCCUCAGCCUGCCGAGCCUGCUGCUGGAGCUGGCGGGGUUCCUGGUGUUCCUCCGGUACCAGGUGUACUACGAGUACCCGCUGCUCACCUACCUGGAGUACCCCAUCCUCAUCGCACAAGACGUCAUCCUGCUGCUCUGCGUGUUCCGCUUCAGCGGGAACGUGUACCGGGCGGCGCCCUACCUGGCCCUGUUCGUGGCGUCCUGGUUCCUCCUCUCCCUGCGGAAGUGGAUCAUGGACCUGGCCAUGAACCUGUGCACCGUCCUCAGCGCCGCCAGCAAGGUGGCGCAGCUGCAGUGCCUGUGGGCGGCCCGGGACGCGGGGGCCGUGAGCGCGCUCACCUGGGGCCUGGCCGCCUACACCAGCGCCACAAGAAUCAUAACCACCUUACUGACCACCAAUGACCUUACAAUCCUCGUGCGCUUUGUGAUCAUGCUGGUGUUGAACCUGUGGGUGACGGCCACCGUGCUCCGAUACCGGAAGGCGGGUGUCAAGGCCGAAUGA